AUGUAUAAUCUGGGCUCCUUAAUUGGCUUGUGGUAUAGGGUGAAAUAUGACUCCCCUUGGAAACAUUCCCCUAUUACUGCAUCUAAAUUUUGGAAGUUGUUUUGCAAAACUGCUGUUGCUAUUAAACCUGUAGUUUCUCUUUCGGUACAUCAUAACAGCAAUCUCUCAUUCCUAUGGGACCCUUGGUGCAACAAUGGCUCUGUGGCUGAGCUGACUGAUUCUAUUAGAAUCUCUCACCUUUGGGUUGGGGAUUUUAUCUCGUCUAACGGUUGGAAUCUUCCGGAUUAUAUUCCUGCUUCAAUUAAGAGCAUUAUUAGCAAUUUGUUGAUUGUUAGGGAGGGUCCUGUAUUGACCUGGAAUUCUCGGACUGUUACGUCUUGCCCUAACAACAGGACCUUUUCUGAACUUUUUCACUCUAAUUUAGAGGAUGUGCCUUGGUUUAAGUUCAUUUGGCAUAAAGGGUAUGCCUUGUGGUAUGCCUCUUACUCGUGGAUGGCUAUUCAACGUAAACUUAAGAUGGCGGACAUUUUGAAUUUGAGGGGUAUUCCACUAAACCCGAAUUGCUCGUUCUGUCUGGGCAAUUUGGAGUCUCACUCGCAUGUUUAUUUUGAAUGUGAUUACUCCUUUUUACUACUCACUGCCCUUUUCCCUGAUUUGGUUAAAUUUUACUUGAGGCCAAACCUAAUGCAAGUGUUUGAUAUCUUUGGGAGCUACCGUAACUUCACAAAGGUUGAUAGAAAUUUCUGUUACUUUGUUAUGGCUAUUUUGGUGUAUCAUCUGUGGAGAGAAAGAAACAAUAGGCGGUUUUCUUCUGUUUGGAGAUCCCCUUCUGAGCUUAAAAAUGUUAUUAUUCAUGCCAUUGAAGCUAAAGCUAGCAAUUGGAGGCAUUAUGAUUCGCUUAAAAAUCACUUUAAAGAAAUUCUGGGUUGA